AAGAAAAAGAAUUAGGAAUGAGGGCAAAGACGACGUCGUUUUUUGUUGAGCUGGUUCGGACGACGUCGUAUCCGGUGGGCUAAAAUUCCCCGCCCUACUUUCUCUUCCCCAACUGUAACUGCUACACUACCAGCUAUCCAAAUUGAAGCCGCAGCAGCCGAUCAACACAGAGCUCAAAUUCAAAUCCUCUUCCGAUUAUUUUCUUGAUCGCCAUCUCCACAUACAGACCCUCUUCAAUUCUUUAACCCACCUUCGUUUCGUUAACUUCUUCAGUCUUCUCCUCGUAGCAAUGACAGAGCAGAUCUUUGAUGAAGCAAAGAAUGUAGAAGAAAGAAAUGAACAAGAAGUGGAAGACCCCGAGCUGUAUAGGCUUCUGGUACCCAAUGCCGAAGACCUUCCUCUCGUCCCUACCUCCGCUAUUGAAUCCAAUUUUGUCUCUUAUUUUGCUCCAGAUUUUAUGAAACCGGGACAUGACCAAUAUGUUUAUCGCCAUCCCAACGGAUUGUGUGUCAUUGGUUUGGCUGCAACACAUGUGGCUUUUAAGGAAGAAGGGGGUAUCACAGCAAUUGAUUUCAAUGUUGGAAAAUCAGAUCGCAGUGGCCUUAAGGUUACUGGAAAGCGCAAAAGGAAUGCUCAGCACUUGGAGUCCAACUCAGCUUUGUGUAAAGUUUGCACAAAGGAUGCGACCUAUAUUGUGAGGUGUUGUGUAAAAGGUUCUCUAUUGGAAGUGAACGAUAGAUUAAUCAAGCAGCCGGAAUUGCUAAAUACAGCGGCAGAUAGAGAAGGAUAUAUUGCCAUUAUCAUGCCAAAACCAGCAGAUUGGCUCAAAGUAAAGGAUUCAUUGUUAGGCCUUGAAGAGUACAAAAAGCUGAGAGAAGUUCUUUGACAUGAUGUUAAGUUGGAUACUUGUGUUCGACUGACAUUGAUACUGGAUAGAAGAGCGAAGACAAGGGGAAAGCUUGAAGUCUGCUGGUGCAUACCUGCCGGAUUACUCACAGGCGACAAAGCUUGAUAUGUUGACGCCUUUGACUGUCACAAAUCCUUGAAAAUGGUAUGUUAUAUCCCUGUUUUUAUAUCAUGUGAAACCAAUUGAUUUCAAACUGUUCAAAAUAAUAAUCUCUGAAGAAAGUGCAAUAAGGUCAUUUUUAACAAUUGACUGGUAGAGAUUCUAUAUGAUUUUUUGUGUCAUUUUAAUAGCAUUCUAAAUUUUUAUUGCCUUUGUAAUAUGGAACAAUAACUAUGAGAAUAAAACCUCCUAAUUCACAGAAAUCUAAAAACAGCCUCAUAUGGAUUAAAAAAACUUUAAAAAAAAAGUUAAAAUCAUUAUUUAAGUAGUGUCUAUCAGUCUAUGCUUGAUAAAGAGAAAUUACCAACCACACAUUCACUACCCUGCAACCUCAAAUGACUAGCUA